AUGUGGGUUAUUGUCGUCUGCAUUACCGCUUGCAAUGCAAGAUUUGCAAAGGAACACACCAACAAGGCUGCCGGCUACAAUGUCGUCUGGAUCAUGGUCGAGUUCGCAAGGGUCUGGUUCGUCUUCCCUGAGACCAAGGACCCAUUACUUGAAGAGAUCGCUGUUAUUGUCGACGGCCCACAGAAGAAUUUACACAACUAG